CCAAAAAAAAAAUUAAUACAAUAUAUUUGUAUAUCAUACGUUGACAAAUUACCAUCAUCAUUCAUCAUUGAGAAUUGAGAUAGCUAUCAAUAUGGGAAUACACAACAAUCCUAAAGGAACAAAAGAAAUUGUUAUAGAUGAAUGUCCAUUGCUAAAAGAUGAGAAAAUUGAAGUUGAAAUUGAACAUGGUGAUGAUGGAUCUAAUAGUAACAAGAAUAAUGAAUCAGCAGCAUCAUUUGCUGGUUCUGUGUUCAAUCUAUCAACAACUAUUAUUGGUGCUGGAAUCAUGGCUUUACCUGCAGCCAUGAAAGUUUUGGGACUAACAAUUGGUAUUGCUUCAAUCAUAUUCCUUGCUUUGCUUACUCAUACCUCUUUGGAUAUUCUCAUGAGGUUUAGUAGAGUUGCUAAGGCUCAAUCUUAUGGUGAUGUCAUGGGAUAUGCUUUUGGAAGUCUUGGUAGAUUGCUUUUUCAGAUUUCUGUUCUUUUUAACAACUUUGGUAUUCUUGUUGUUUACAUCAUCAUCAUUGGUGAUGUACUGUCUGGAACAACUUCAUCGGAAGUCAUCACUUCGGUGUACUUGAAGGAUGGUUUGGCGAACACUGGUCGACUGGGCGUACUUUUGUUCUUCUUAUUACAACCCUUGUGGUAUUUGCUCCAUUAGGAUUCUUU